GAACGUGUGGAGGCCGUCUUCGGGCCGGGCUAUGUAGCGGUGCAGGAUUUCUGGUCCUGGCGCGCUCCGGACUCGGUGGCAGCCGAGCGGAUCCACAUGGAUGGGGAUUUCUGGCUCACUGGGGCCAACGACGGCUUCAAUCUCUGGCUGCUCUUGGACCACUGCGAUAUGGCACAUAGCUUCGACAUAUUCACGAAG